AUGCAGAUUGUGUUAAAACACCAAAUCAGAUCAACCCACUGCCUAUUUUCCCGCGUUUUAUCGACCCUGCUAAACCCUCAUUCAUUCUUGGACAUCAAUUUCAGCUUGAGUAACGUUUCAAUUAUUGAUAAUCCCAAAGAGAAUCAGUUAAAUGCGAAUGCUUUUGAUCUUUUGGUUCAGUUACAGCAUGGUUCUCAUGGGUCAGUUGGUAGUUCAUACGUUCUUAACAGACUUGUAUCCUCAUGUGCAAAUUCAAGAUCACUUCUUUUGGGUAUUCAAAUUCAUUCAUUUGUUUUCAGGAUGGGUUUUUGUUCGCAUGUAUAUAUCAACACUGCUCUUGUAGAUAUGUAUUGUAAAUGUGGUAAAAUUUCUGGUGCUCAUAAACUGUUUGAUGAGAUGCCUCAAAGAAAUGUGAUUACUUGGAACUCGUUGCUUUCGGGUUAUCUUCAUACACAUCAUGUGGAUCUUUUGGUCGAUUUGUUUACGGGAAUGCUUAGAUUGGGGAUUUAUCCGACUCAUUCUACUGUUGCAACUGUUCUUGUUGGAUGUUCACAGUUGGAUGCACUAGAAUUAGGGGAACAGGUGCAUGGCUUGGGUACAAAAUCUGGGUUUCUUUCUAAUGUUGUGGUGGGUACGGCGUUGCUUGAGAUGUACUGGAAAUGUUCAGACGUGGAUGAUUCUCGGAAAAUAUUCGACAACAUGCCUGAUAAAAAUGCUGUUUCUUGGACCUCAAUGAUCACUGGUUACGCACAGAAUCAACAAGCCGACAAGGCAAUGUAUAUGAUUAGAGAAAUGCUGUCUAUGGGUCACAAAGCAGAAUCUGUAACUUAUAAUUAUUUAUUAAGUUCAUUUUGUAAUCCAGAGGAUAUGGUCCAUUGUGAACAAAUUCAUUGUCGCGUUAUAAGAGAAGGGUUAGAAUCUGAUUUGCAUUUGGCAGUUACUUUAGUGACCGUUUAUUCACAGUGUGGUAGCAACUUUGAAGAUUUUUACAAGAUCUGUUCAACAGUUCCAAUAAAGAACCAAAUAUCGUGUAAUGCCAUAGUUGCUGGAUUUUCGAACUUGGGAAGUGGUGAAAAGGCCCUUUCUUGCUUUUCAGAAAUGAGGCAGGCAGGUAUUGAUAUCGAUUUCUUUACAGUUGCAAGUAUUUUAAAAGUUACAGGAGUAAUAGCAGGUCUUGAGGAGGGUAGUCAAGUCCAUGCCCUUAUUAUCAAGUCAGCAUACGAUUCAAAUAUAUACAUACAAAACGGGCUUAUUUCCAUGUAUGCAAGAUGUGGUAAAAUUCAUGAAGCAAAAGGGAUGUUCUCAUCAAUGGUUGAACAUGACACUAUAUCCUGGAAUUCACUUCUUUCAGGAUAUGCUCAACAUGGGUAUGGCAGGGAAGCUGUUGAAGCGUUUGAACAAAUGACAAAAACCAUGGUCAAACCCGAUUUGACCACAUAUCUUAUCAUGCUUUCUGCUUGUAGUCAUGUAGGAUGGCUUGAUAAGGGGAUAAAAUACUUUGGGUUAAUGAGGAAUGAUAGUUCCCUUGAACCACCCAAACUUGAACAUUAUGGCUGCAUCGUGGACCUUUAUGCUAGAGCUGGUUAUCUUUUUGAAGCAGAAACUUUUUUUAAUAGCAUGCCGAUAGAAGCAGGACCCUCGAUCUAUAAAGCUCUGUUAAGUGCUUGUCGGGUUCAUGGCAAUAAGGAAAUUGCUUUGCGUAUAUCAAGAAAAUUUGUGGAUCGUUUUCCUGAUGAUCCAGCAACUUAUGUUCAGCUAUCGAAUAUCUUGGCUACCAAUGGUUACUGGGAUGAUUCGGCUGGAGCACAUGACCUCAUGAUCGGUAGAGGAAUCAAGAAAAAAGCAGGUUGUAGCUGGAUAUAACUUGACUCGCUAUGCUUUCUGAGCUUUAUGGAGGACAAGAUGAAAGCACAUGACUAUCUGAGAUUCAAGCGGAUUG